UGGGGACCCAGGAAUGGCACCCCCUCCUCUUUUUCAGUACGAACGCCUGUGAUGCAAAAAGUCGGUCAAAGACAACUGUUCGUAAACUUCUACAAGCAUGUUCUCUACAUGGCAAUGUUCGCGGUCUUAUUCAGAAUGUCAAACUCAGAGUGAAUGACCAGGAUAGCACAAACAUUUCCUAAGCUCUAGGAAACAAGAAAAGCGAGACAAAAACUCUCAAAUGGGACUAGUCUGCCAGUAGGCUACUUGCAAAGGAUACGUGGAUGAAUCCGAGAAGUCCGAUUUUUUUCAGAUAUGGAGAUGAUUUGGACACAUUACCGCAUGUCGAUUUCAGAAUACCUGUUCGUUUUGUGUUUGAUGCCACUGGAAUUGUUUGCGCAGAUAGCUCCCGAGUGCUACCCCAGCGGAUAUCGGACCUUGCGGAACCCGUACAGGAGCGUUGACUUUGACUCUACGGAGCUCCAGAACACAGCCAUCCAGGACCUGAUAUGUGACCACUCGCUGCCAGCGGCAUGGUACCGUUUCACCAUCAACAACAAACCAGCGGAGAUGCCCACCAGCUGUGUGGAGAUGAAUCGCUGUGGGACCCAGGCCCCCGUGUGGCUCUCCCUGAAGGACAGCUCGCUGCCCCAGCCCGGGGAGGUGCGACAGCUCUCCGCCUGUGCCACCUGGCAGUUCUUCCACGGCAGCACCAAGGACUGCUGCCUCUUCCGCAUCCCCGUCUCUGUGCGCAACUGCGGAGACUUCCUGCUCUACUUCCUGCAGCCUACACAGGGGUGCAUGGGAUACUGUGCUAAAGUCAUUACAGAGUUCACACCUAAGGUUUGCCCAGCAGGACAGAUUGAAGUUAAUGGAGUAUGCAAAGCCACCGUGUCCCCACUCACCUCCAAGCCAGUGGUCACCCCAGAGCUCAUCGGCAGCAGUGUCCACCUGAGGUGCUCCUUCCAAGGGGGGACGUCCAGCCUGCCUGUCGGCUACCUGGUGGCAUGGCACCGGCUCUCCACUUCCGGUGCCAGGGAGGAGGUCCGCAGGGAGUCCACCCUCAAGCUCUUCUCCCUUGUGGAGAUGGAUGGCGUCCACUUCAGGCUGGGAGAGACGUUUUCUUGCAGUGUGUCUACGUUCCUGCGUAACUCUUCAAAGACGCAGUCCCUGCCCAAAGAGAGUGAUGGCUUCUUUGCUGGGAUUAAGUUUUCCCCAGAGUCGCUGCACAUCAGGGAAGACGGCAAAGAGCAUCAGGUGUCCGUCCACAGCACCGUACCCAUCCCUUGUCACGGAGCCGCGCAGGGCCACCAGUGCAAGGUCACCCUCACCGUCAGCGUCCAUGACCAAGACAGCCGAGUCCAGGAGGCCCCUAACGUGGCUCUCUCAUCGUGCCAGCUAGAGCUGUUGCCCACAACGUGCGGCCCAGACGGCUGUGCCCAGGGCACCCUGCUGCUCACGGCCACCACCGACUUCACCCGCGACGGGAACCGGGCGAGUCUGGUCACACCACAGCCCACACGAGGCAGCCCGCGGCCCUGGAGGAGCUACAGGCCAGACCCGCUCAGGGUCAUGGUUCAGGACAUUCCCACCGCCACCUGCUACUCCCUGACUGAUCCACACAUCGUUACGUUUGAUGGCAGGCGGUAUGAUAACCACCAGACAGGCACGUUUGUGCUCUAUCGAAGUCUGAGUCGGGUCUUUGAGGUGCAGUCACGGCAGUGGGACUGCGGAAGUCGCCAUUACGCCGUGGCCUGCAACUGUGGGGUGGCGGUCCGCGAGGGCAACGACCUGGUGACCUUUGACAUGUGCAACGGGCAGCUGCAGGAGACCAGGCCACACAUGUCCAUCAAGAGUCUGUCUAAAACCAUGCCCCCACAGGUCAAAAUCCAUGAGUCACACCAGGGGGGGAAAGUCACGGUGCUGUUUCCGUCGGGGGCGUUUGUGCGCGCUGAUGUGAGUGACUGGGGAAUGAGUCUGGCAGUCAGGGCGCCGGGGUCAGACCUCAAUCGCACCCGCGGCCUCUGCGGAACCUUCGACCGAAACAGCCACAAUGACCUGCACGAUGCCGAUGGCUCCCCCCUUAGCAGGAGCGAAGACCUCCAGCACUUCAUCCACACCUGGAGGAUAGCACCUGGGGAGAGCUUAUUUGACAGCACACCACCUGCGCUCGAGGGGGAGACGAAGAGGAAUUUCUGCCGCUGUCAGAGAGGCUACACCGCGUCGGUCAGCGGGACAGGGGUGGCGGACUUCCUGUUUAACCACGUCCCAUCAUCCCUUUGUCAGGACUAUGACAGCGCGGAUUACACGUCUCUCUUCCCAUUCCGAGACGCCACCGCAGACUACGUGCACGGUUACGACACCAGACAAAAGCAGAGCGUCCGCAAGCGUCACAUCUCCACUACGUCAGCAGACUCGCCUACUGGGUCCGGCAAAGAUGGCGUCCAGACACCAAAGGAGAAGGAGCGGCCUGUUGUGGCCAGUUUGUUGUCCAGCGAGACGAGCUCGGCUCAGCCACCUGGCUCAGCAGGUCGAAGGUCAAUGGCAAACGAGCGGAGGGGAAAAAGGCAGAGUCUAUAUGACUUCCCCCCGAGUGGUAGCCGCCACCACCAGGGCCCGAACCUGGAGUUCCAGCCCAUCCUGUCCUUCCAGAGCCUGAGCCAGCUGGACUUGGAGAGCUUGGCCUAUUUCUUCCCGGAGGACCACGUGUCAGAGAGCCGUGAGGCACCAGAGCCCGUGUGGCCCACGCCCAGCGGCCUCACCUCGGCCAAGGCGCUGGAGCUGUGCCAGGCGGCGUUGGCCAACUCCACCGUGGGCGCCGCGUGCCGCGGGCUGCUGGACCGACGCCUGGACGAGGCCGUGGACCUCUGCAUCCAGGACCUGCAGCUGAAGGACGAUCUGGCCUGGGAGGACGCCCUGCUGCCCUUCCUGGAGAACGAGUGCGAGCGACGCCUGCUGCGGAACCGGACCCAGCGAGCCCUACAGCUCGGCAGUGGAGCUGCUGGUGGUGGUGGUGGUGGUGGUACUGACAGCACCCUGGGCGCACCUGGAGAUGUCGUCACUGCCCUGCGCUGCCCAAACCUUUGCAGCGGCAACGGGCACUGCACAGAGUCUGGGUGCCAGUGCCACCCUGGGCACAGCCGGUACGACUGCAGCAUAUCCAUCGGUCAGAUGGUAGAGGUAACAGACCUGGAGAACAGUGGCCUUUGUGACUUCAGGGCAUUUGACUGCAGUAGCGUGCGAGUCUUUGGCCUGGGCUUCCUCGACUCACCCAACCUCAGCUGCCAUGCCACCAAACUCAUGUACGUGAAUGGAGAGUGGAUUCCAGGGGAGAAGACUCUGACCAAGGCCACUUUCCUGAGCUCCAAGGCGGUGGACUGUGACGUGCCAGCCCUCGCCACCAUGGCCGAUGACUCCAUCGACUUCACAAUGGACGACAGGCCGUAUGCCAGAUGGAAGAUUCAGGUCACAAAUGAUGGCAGUCAGUACAGCGAGCCAAAGGUCUUGACCCUGUAUGAUGGGGUGUGUCAGCAAUGUUCUCCCUCUCCUUCUGGGCUCUGCAAAUUGAAGGAGAAGACGUGUAACAUUGAGGGCAUGUGUUUCCGUGAGGGCGAUGCCAACCCCACCAGCCCGUGUCUGCUGUGUAACCCCGCUGCCUCCAAGUUCACCUGGUCUCUCAACGAAGUUAAUCAGGCGCCGACCUUCCACGAGCCGCUGUCGGGCCUGCGGACCUUUGUGGGGGAGAACUUUGUGUACCAGCUGACGGCGUCGGACCCCGAGGGCUCGGCUCUGCUCUUCCUGCUGGAGGGGGGUCCUGCCCAGGCCUCGCUCUCUCCAGCCGGCCUCCUCAUCUGGAAAGUGCAUUCGGACGAGACACAGACGUUUAGAUUUACGGUGUCGGACGAAUGCAAUGCGCAGAGCAGCGACACCGUGCAGGUGACAGUGAGACCCUGUGGCUGUAGGAACGGUGGAACAUGUGUCACCGACAUCAAUUUCCCACCAGGCAGUGGGGAGUACCUGUGUGUGUGUCCAGCAGGUUUCCGCGGUAACCACUGUGAGCAGAACGUGGACGACUGUCUGUCAGACCCGUGUGGAGGCGGAACGUGUGUGAACACCGUGGACGGCUUCCUGUGCCAGUGUGCCCCGGGACUUAGAGGGCCCACGUGUCAGGAAGAUGUAAAUGAGUGUGAGAGGAACCCCUGCUACCCCGGGGUUCAGUGUCUCAACAACUUCGGCUCCUACACCUGCACCACAUGUCCGCCGGGCACCACGGGAGACGGGACCACCUGCACAGCAGUAGCUCAGCCAGUCACCUCUGCCCCAACCUCCAUUCGGACCAUCAACUCCAGCAGGACCAGCGGUUCCAACAGAAUCAGCACCUCUGGCAGAACCAGUGAGACCGUUUGGACCAACGGCUCAAACAGGCCCAGCACCUCCAGCAAGACCCGUGAGACCAGCCUCUCCAGCAGAAUCAGUCCCGGGGGCAAAACCAGCAAUGGACCAGCUCUCACGGGACCUGAAGUCAGCCGACCUCCUGCCCCUGCUCCGGUACCAGCACCGCUUUCCCCUCCUGCCCUGGUCCCAGACGCCCCAGUGGCACCAGCUGCCCCAGUUGCCCCGGCCAAGACCGGCACUCCCCUGGGCACCAAGACCAGCAACAGGAGUCCCGUCACCAUCAUCGCCUCCAGCGAGGGCAACAAGGCCGACUAUCCCCCAGUUCCCUCGCCGUGUUCCAGCAGGCCCUGUUACCCAGGCGUCCAGUGCAUCGACCUGCGCCCGCCCUACGUGGGCUAUGUCUGCGGACGCUGCCCACCUGGUUACCAUGGCAAUGGGCGCGUCUGCACCAAACAUCCCCGAGCAGCUGGUCAGUCCCAGUCCAAGCUCAGCAGGUCAGGCCCGGUCCACAGUAAAGCUCCGCAGCUACACCUGCCCUCGGUCCCCUUCAGGAACCCCCACCGCCACAUCUCCCUCUCCCAGCCUUCGGCACGGAGCAUCCCUCCCGUCCAGAGCGGCACGGCGUGGCCCCCGGCGAUACGCAACGCAGCCCCUGCACCCACGCUUCACCCGGUCACAGAGAGGCGGCUGGCCUUGCGGCCCCAGCAGCAGCUGCAGCUCGACCGGGAAGCACACACACACAAGGAAACACACUCACACACCACCAGCAACCGCUUCUCAACGCACAGCGCGCAGCCAGACGUGCAGCCAGACGCCGGGGCUGGGAGUCGGAGGGAGUCUCGAGCCGGAGCCGACGUGGCUGGUUCUUCUUCUUCUUCUAAGGCUGCCGUAUCCCAGAGUGGUGCUGUUGUUAGCAAAGCAGUGGCAGUGGCAGCGGAGAGCGGUAAAGUGACCCCCCCGCACUCCAGGUCACCCGAAAUCCGUCCCCCACCACAACACCGGUCCCCGGCGCUGCUCGUGGCCCCAGGAGGGGCGCGCGCGUGGACCCCCGCCCAGCAGCGUCCCCAGACAGCCGCGCUGACCGCCCUCUCUUUCUCCUUCUCCGAGGCCGAGUACUCGGCGGACGGGGCGGCGGCAGACGUCGACACUGACCCACAGCCCGUGUUCCCCUUCACCACACCGGCCAGACGCACGUAUCGGCCCUCCUCCGACUCCACGAAGCCCCGCCACUCCACCCCGCCGCGCGUAAGCGGUAUCAGUCUCAUGGGCCGCCGCGACCCUGAACCCGGGUCCGAAUCUGACCUGGGGCUGGACUUCGCCCCUCUGACCUGUGACGACGCACCAUGCUACCCUGGGGUCCCGUGCUUCCAUAGGCCAAGCGGUGGGUUCCGCUGUGGCCGCUGCCCCAUCAACUACAUCGGGGAUGGACGAUCCUGCCGAGCUGUGUGCAGGCACCCAUGCGGUAGGAACAUGGAGUGUGCCGCCCCCAACACCUGCCGCUGCAAGCCAGGAUAUAUAGGCCCCAACUGUCAAACAGCUAUCUGCAGUCCAGGCUGCCGUAACGGGGGCACGUGUGUGGCUCCUGGUGUGUGUGCCUGUGCCAAGGGCUACCACGGCGAGAGCUGCGAGGAUGCACUCUGCAGCGUGCCAUGCCAGCAUGGAGGGACGUGUGUGGGCAGAGACACCUGCUCCUGCCCGUAUGGCUUUGUGGGGCCCAGAUGUGAAACCAUGGUGUGUAGCCGUCACUGUCAUAACGGCGGGGAGUGUGUGUCGCCUGACGAGUGCCUCUGCAUGCCUGGAUGGACAGGACCCUCCUGUGAGACGGCCUUGUGUGACCCGGUGUGUCUAAACGGGGGUACCUGCCUCCGCCCCAACACCUGCAGCUGCCCCCACGGCUUCUAUGGCUCCCAGUGCCAGAACGCUGUCUGCAACCCUCCCUGUAAGAAUGGUGGCCGCUGCAUUCGCAACAACGUCUGCACCUGUCUGGAUGGGUACACUGGAAACCGCUGUGAGAGAAGUGUGUGUGAGCCAGGCUGCAUGAAUGGCGGGAGGUGUGUCGGCCCAGAUGUGUGUGACUGCCCCUCUGGCUGGCGAGGGAGGCGCUGCGAUAAACCCAAGUGCCUGCAGAAGUGUCUGAACGGUGGAGAGUGUGUCGGGCCCAAUACCUGUCUGUGCAGUACCGGUUGGCAGGGCACGCUGUGCCAAGUCCCCAUCUGCGAACAGAAGUGCCUGUACGGGAGCCGCUGUGUCCGGCCCAAUUACUGCGCCUGCAGAUACGGCUAUGAAGGGACUGGCUGUGCCAGGAAGCUGCCGUUUGUCCGAGGCGGCUGAAGAGGUGAUCGUUGUGAAGAGAACUUUCAGCUCAGCCAGCUCGGCCCUCCUGACUCUGCUGGUCACCCUGUGAACACUCGCUGCACCCUGGGCCCCAGCCUGUACAUAUCCAUAUAGCCAAAGAUGAUAAUUUAUACGUGAGGGUAUAGUAUCGAUAUGCAAUGAAUUUGUAAUGAGAUUAUGUUGUCUGAGAAGGCCCAGAUGAUUUAUCCAAGUCUGUCUGGUUCUUUCAUAUUCUGCUCUCUGGUAUUGCAUUGGCACUUGUGUGAUUCUGUUUGAAUGCUGUUUAACUAGUAGAGGUGUUGCUUGUGAUUUCUGACGGGUGUCAUCAUCUUGUCACCUGCAAUGGCCAGGCUUUCUGGUCAGGUGUCAGCCAUUCACUGUGAUUCUGUAUAGCAGAUGUGUGGCCUAAAAGUGAUACUUUCAUAUCAAUGAGUCGAGGGUGAGGAAAUCAGUACCCCUCAACAACAACAACAACAAAUAAGGUCUCCAUCCUAGCUGACAGCAACCACCCACAAAAAUGUCUACUAUCAGACUCUUCCUCCACACACACACACACACACACACACACACACACUUUUAUGUGACAGGGGAAGGGAAGAAGUGAUGAGAAAAGGAGAAGAGAUAAAGAC